GCGAAUUGUAAGCACAAAACAAAAUAAAUUCACUAGUGAGAGCAAUAAAGUGAUUAAAGUUUUAUAUUAAUUUAAUUAAAUUAGCAAAAAAAAAAUGGGUUCUAACGUGAGUGAAUUUCAAGUACAAUGUUUAAAGGCACACAAUGAAUACAGAAGUAAACACAAAGUAACUCCAUUGAAACUCAGCAAGGAAUUAUGUAGUUAUGCACAAGAAUGGGCUGAACACCUCGCAAGCAAGUCAGUUAUGCAGCAUCGCAAUCAACAAAAGUAUGGAGAGAACAUCUACUACUUUUUCAGCACCGACCCGAAUCAUGUUGUAGAAGGGAAAGAUCCAGUGGACUCGUGGUAUGAAGAAAUAAAACAACAUAAAUUUGGAAUGGAACCAAAAACAACAGGAACUGGACAUUUUACACAAGUUGUAUGGAAAGAAUGUAAGGAACUGGGAAUCGGCGUGAAAAAGAAUGCAAAAGGGCAAGUUUUUGUGGUUUGCAACUAUAAUCCACCUGGAAAUUACAUUGGAAAUUAUGCAUCAAAUGUUCCGCCCGUUGGAGGGUUCUAAAAAAGCUAAUAUAAGAUCGUUUUGAGUAAGGAAGUCAUUCAGUGCCAUAAACUUAAACGCAAAAUUAAUUUAACGGAUUUUUUAAAUUCAAAAUUUUUAAAGCUAAGAUUUUCCUCACUUCAAAAAGUUUUUUUAAAAAGUUAAGCUUAUAGUUAAGUCAAUUGCUAUCCGAAUACAUUGUAAACUAUGCAAAAAAGUGGCAAGAACCAAUAUCCACAGCCAGAGAAGCUAAAAAUUCAGUAGUUCUUAAGAUAUAAUUUAAUUCCCAACCUCAAAAUGACAAAAAAAAAUUCAUUUAAAUAUUUCAAAGAGUCAUCAUUCAUUCCCUUACUUACUC